AUGUCUUCUUCCGCAGAGCUCGAUUCGCCAGGGACCGAGGGGCAUGACCUCGAGUUACAAAUCACCAAAGAGCAAGCCCCCCUCGAGCGACCCCAGAACCUGUUCCACGAAAUUCUGUUCGUGGCGGUCCUCUGCUCCUCCCAACUCAUGGCGCAAGCCGGGCUUGGCCAAGGCAUCGUGCCUCUGUACACCAUCGGCAACAGCUUCGGUAUACACAAUCCUGGCGAACUCAGCUGGUUUCCCGCCGCAUUUUCCCUUACUGUCGGGACCUUCAUUCUUAUUGCUGGUCGAUUCGGCGAUCUAUACGGCCACAAGAAGUUUGUCAUAGGGGGGUUUGCGUGGUUUGGUUUAUGGUCUCUGCUCGCCGGCUUCAGCGUGUAUUCCAAUGCUAUAUUCUUUGACUGCUGUCGUGCCUUCCAGGGAAUUGGCGCCGCUUUCCUGCUCCCAAACUCAAUUGCGAUUCUGGGUCGUGCGUAUAAGCCGGGGCUGAGGAAGGCCAUCAUCUUCAGUUUGUUUGGCGCUACUGCGCCUGCUGGCUUUGUCGUGGCAGGCGCGUUUUCGUCUCUAUUAGCCAAGUUCGCGUGGUGGCCGUGGGCCUAUUGGAUCUUGGCUAUUGUGCUGCUGCUUUAUGCUGUACUGGCGGUUGUUGUCAUUCCCUAUACGCCGCCUCCGGUGCUUGACAAUUCUGAGAGUACGUUUACGCGGGUCGAUGGGCUAGGAUCCAUCACUGGUGUUUCUGGUCUAGUAUUGAUAAACUUUGCAUGGAACCAGGCCCCCGUGGUGGGUUGGUCGAACCCCUACACCUAUAUUCUUCUCAUUGUAGGGUUCAUCUUCAUGGGGCUCUUCGCUUUCGUCGAGAUGCGGAUCGCCAAGUUCCCACUGGUCCCAUUGGAUGCUAUGUCUGCUGAUAUCGGAUUUCUGUUAACCUGUAUUGUUUUUGGGUGGGCCAGUUACAGCGUAUGGAUAUACUAUUUCUGGCAAUUUCUGCAGGAGUUACGACACGUCAGCCCCCUUCUCGCGAGCGCGCAAUUCACACCCGUUGUUGUGAGUGGGCUUUGUGCCGCUAUGGCUACGGGAUUUCUACUCGGCCGUGUAUCUGGGAGUGUCAUCAUGUUUAUUUCGUUGUGCUUCUUCACAGUCGGCCUUAUUCUGCUUGCGACAGCACCUGUUGAUCAGACGUACUGGGCGCAGACUUUUGUCUCGUUGAUAAUAAUGCCUUGGGGAAUGGAUAUGUCUUUCCCUGCCGCAACCUUGUUACUCAGUAACGCAAUGCCAAAAGAGCACCAAGGCGUCGCCGCGUCGUUGGUAAACACCCUUGUCAAUUACUCGAUUUCUAUAGCACUAGGAAUCGCGGGUACGAUUGAAGGGCAUGUGAAUGAUGGCGGAAGAGAUUUGUUGAAAGGGUAUCGAGGAGCUUGGUAUUUGGGAAUUGGGUUAAGCGGGUCGGGGGCCAUUAUUGCGGUCAUUUUCGGCCUCGAUACGUGGAGAAAAUCAAAGCGGAUUGUUGAACAUAGCAGCGAGGAAAAGGAGUCGUGAGCACUCUUACUCAGAUUAAUGACAGGCUUCGAAAAAUUUUAUUGUGCAGGGACCGUGACUAUGCCUGGUAUGGCAGUG